CGCUGACUAGACGCUUAGUCAUCCAGUAACUCGAUUGCAGAAUAUCUAUAAUAAUGAAUCCCCUGAAUAUCUUGUUCCUGGUGUGCGUGGUGUCCGCCGCACCUCACGGAUACGGUGCCGGAGGCGACGGCGGGCUGGGAGUCGAUCUCGGCGGCACUGGAGGCCACGGCGGCAGCGGCGUUGGAGGCGGCAGUGUGCUUCCUGGCAUCUUAGUCGGCAGCGGGAUCCUUCCUGAAAGUGCCAUUGGUGGUGUAGGAGGCGUUGAUGGAGGUGUUAUCGGUGGGGAAUACAGCGCACCGGAUGCUGGUGCCGUUGGAGGCUUCGACGCCGGUGUAGCUGGAGGCUUCGAUACUGGCGUAGCUGGAGGCUUCGAUGCUGGCGUUGCUGGAGGUUUCGACGCCGGUGUAGCUGGAAGCUUCGAUGCUGGUGUUGCUGAAGUCUCCCAUGUCAGCCCCCCUGUCAGCGUAUACGAUGCACCACACUAAUUCAGUGAAUUUGGAGAAUAAAGUCUGUUAACCUAA